AAGAGUUAUAGACGUACUCCUCUCUACAAACUUGUUUCACACAAUGUUUUUGUUCUUCACUAUCUUUGUACUCUUACUCUCAUCACUUCUAUUCAUCAUAAAAAAAUGGUAUUUCAACACAAAGAAAAACUCACCACCUUCACCUCCAAGAUUUCCUCUACUUGGGAAUCUCCAUCAACUUGGCUUGUUCCCUCACCGAACACUCCAAACUUUAUCUCACAAAUAUGGCCCUUUAAUGCUUCUUUAUUUUGGAAAGGUUCCAGUACUUGUUGUUUCAUCUUCUGAUGCAGCAAGUAAAGUAAUGAAAACUCAUGACUUAACCUUUUCUGAUAGAGCACAUCGUAAAAUAUUCGAUAUCCUUUUAUACGGUUCCAAAGAUGUUGCAAGUUGUGGAUAUGGUGAGUAUUGGAGACAACUAAAGAGUUUAAGUGUGUUACAUCUUCUUAGUAACAAAAAGGUUCAAUCUUAUCGUGGCGUAAGAGAAGAAGAAACUUCAAGAAUGAUGGAACAUAUUAAGGAGUCUUCUUCUGUGUUGAAUUUAACUGAGUUGUGUUCUACAAUUACUAAUAAUAUAGUAUGUAGAGUGGCACUUGGAAAAAGAUACAGUGAAGGAAAAGGGACAAAGUUUUUGGAGCUAAUGUCGGAGUUUACGGUGUUAUUAGGUACUGUAUGUAUAGGGGACUUUAUACCUUGGCUUGAUUGGUUGAGUAAGGUUAAUGGUUUUUAUAGCAGGGCUCAAAAAGUUGCUAAACAUUUGGAUGAUUUUUUUGAGGAAGUGAUUGAGGAUCAUAUUAGUUGUAGGUUAAGGAGUGGUGAAGAUAGUGAUGAGGAGCAUAGUGAUUUUGUGGAUGUUUUGCUUUCUGUUCAAAAGACUAAUGCUGUUGGAUUCCCAAUUGAUAGAACUGCUAUAAAGGCUUUGAUACUGGACAUGUUUGCUGCAGGUACUGACACUACCUACACAGUCCUAGAAUGGGCAAUGGCUGAACUACUAAAGCACCCAAUUGUGAUGCAAAAAUUGCAAGAUGAGGUUAGAAAUGUGGUUGGUAACAAAACUCAAGUAACUGAAGAAGAUUUGGUUAACAUGAAGUACUUGAAUGCUGUGAUUAAAGAAACUCUUCGCCUCCAUAUACCAGUUCCCUUAUUAAUCCCUCGGAAAUCCAUGGAAGAUAUCAAAGUAAAUGGCUAUGACAUUGCAGCUGGAACACAGGUAAUAGUGAAUGCUUGGGCUAUUGCAAGAGACCCUUCAAUUUGGGAUGAACCUCUAGAGUUUAAACCAGAAAGGUUUAUGAAUAGUUCAAUUGAUUUUAAAGGAUUUGAUUUUGAACUUAUUCCAUUUGGAGCAGGAAGGAGAGGUUGUCCUGGACUCUUGUUUGCUAUUGCUGUCAAUGAAUUGGUGUUAGCUAACCUUGUUUAUUAUUUUGAUUGGAAAUUGCCUAAUGGUGUUGCAGGGAAGGAUUUGGAUAUGUCUGAAUCUGUUGGCCUAACCUGUCAUAGAAAAUAUCCUCUCCUUGCAAUAGCUACUACUAAAUAUGAGAUAAAUGAAUAGAAAAAUAAGACAUGAUUAGAGUAAAAAUAAAAACUAUGUUUAUUGUGAUUGAUGAAAUAGUCCUUUAUCAUGUCUUUAAAGUGUAUGAAUUUUAUCUUGUAAUAAAUUGUGACUACUCUUUGUAUUCUAUUUAA